AUGAUGAAGUUCUUUGCCACCGUCGUCAUUGCGACUGCUCUCGCAGGACAAAACGGUGCCCUUGCGCAGUCGUCUUCCACGAUGACGUCGAACGAAGAGGCGAUGGGUCCAGCAGCUCCAUCAACGGGCGAUGAAAUGACGAUGACGUCCAACGAAGACACGAUGGGUCCAGCAGCUCCAUCUACUGGAGAUGAAUCGAUGACGGCGUCUAACGAAGACACGAUGGGGCCGGCCCCAUCUACGGGAGAUGAAACGAUGAUGGCAUCCAACGAAGACACGAUGGGGCCGGCUCCAACCACUGGCGGUGAAGCGACGACAACCACCGACGAGGCGACGACUCCAGCUCCAGCUACUGGAGACCAAAUGAUGGCGAACAACUCGACGGCGACGACGGACGAUCCAAGUUCGACCAACGGCGACGGCACGAUGGGCAACGGCGAAGCCGCCACGAACGACUGGAGCGGUACGGACACAGGUAACACGGGGGGCGACAUGCCCAGCUGGGCGGGUAGCAUGGGAGCAUCGGAGUUUGCUGGAAGUGUGGGCUCUGCUAGCGGCUCUGGAGUCGGUAAUACUGACGUCGGUGACGAGUCCUCGAGCUCUAGUACCAGCGGAGCCGUCGGCAUGCAGUCGUUCACGCUCACGGCGUCGAGUGUUGCGGCCGGUCUUGCUGCUGCUUUCUUCUUCUAA